AUGGCCUCCAGGAUGGGCCAAGAAUGUAACAGAGAAAGGACUAUGUUGGCCAUGGUACAAAAUGUACCUCCUCUCCACUACUCCAGACCUCGACGAACAACUCCAUUGUCACUCCUCAAUCGAGUAAAAGAACUAUUAAACCAAAAGGUUGUAGAACGGUCAAAAGGAAAAGUGUUUCUAAAUCGACUGUUCGAAGCUCCCAAGAGGAAUUCACAAGAGUCACGAUUAUUCAAAAAGUUAUCUGUUGCACAAGUCCGUCUUACCCUACAACCAGGCACUUUACUAGCUUCUCUGGAUCUAAAAGAGGCAUAUUGGCAUAUACCAAUACACAGAAGAUACAGACCAUAUCUGGCAUUCUCGGCAGGCAACCAGAUAUAUCAAUUCAAAGUGCUCCCAUUUGGGCUAAACAUAGCCCCAAGAGUUUUCUCCAAAAUGCUACAACCAGUCCAAGCACGCUUAGUCAAGAUGGGAGUACAGAUACUCAUGUAUCUAGACGACUGGUUGAUUUCAGCUGUCACACCCAGAGAGUGCCGGUCCAUGAUUCAAAAGACAUUAGAAAUAGGAACGUCAAUGGGAUUACAAUUCAACAUUCAAAAAUCCCACCUUUCACCAACACCAUCCAUAAAAUGGCUUGGAUUAAUCUGGGACACAUCAACAGCAACACUUGCAUUGUCAAUAGACAACCGCCGCAGAUGUUGGAAGAAAAUCUUCAAAGCAACUUGUGCAUGCCUCACACGUCAAUGGGAAAGCCUUAUCGGCUCACUAAACCACGCCUCAGAAGUGAUUCACUUGGCAGACUUCGAUCCGUCGAUUACUCCUAGAGAGCCGAACAAUAUUCACUUCUCUAGAAAGAGAUCUCCCCAUCCUCUUUCCACAUCGACUACGCUAUCUGUUAAGAUGGUGGACAAGAAAAGGAUAUUUGGAUACAGUGGCUCCAUGGGUUCCUCCUCCACCAGUUAUGACACUUACUACCGAUGCAUCAGACACAGGAUGGGGAUACCAGUCGUCCAUAGGCCAUCAAGGCUCAGGUCGAUGGACCCUAUCUGCAAGCCGAAUUCAUAUAAAUGUUCGAGAGUUACGAACAGUUCAUUUAGCACUACAGAGAGAACACUCAAUCAAACAAACAUCGGUUUUAGUGCUGUCAGACAAUUCAGCAGUCAUACAUUGCCUGAACAGGCAAGGUUCAUCUCGGUCACCAGCCGAGAAUCAGAGUCAAUAUUCAGACUGGCAAAGAACAGAGAUAUUCACAUCUCAGCUUCUCACCUUGCAGGAAAAUUCAACCAGUGGGCAGAUUCCCUAUCCAGACAAACCUCGUUAUCAGUGGAUUGGACCUUACAAGAACACCAAUUUGCAUUACUGACAACCCGAUUCGGGAGACCAAGAGUCGACCUCUUUGCAUCCCCAACCAAUCGACAACUCCCAGUAUUUGUUUCUCGGACAUUAAGGACCGAGGUAGGGGGACCAGACGCAUUCACCCUGAACUGGAACAGAUGGAAUCACAUUUACCUGUUUCCUCUCCCCUCACUACACUAA